AAUAGAUUCCUUCAUCUUUUAAUGGAAGCUGAAUCAGAAUGUACGAUCAUCUUGGGAAAAGGGAUCACGCUAACUUCAUCAGGAGAGUUUUCAUCAAGCUUUUAUCAUGGAGUGCUUCAUAAAUCCGUCCUUUAAGGAGCUCAGGUCAAGCACUUAAUAUGACUCUUCCGGGUUUCCGUAAAUACGUCACCAUUCAAACUCCCUGUGAGAGAGUCAAUCAUGCGGAGUCAGACUUGAUCAAGCUUCCCGUUAUGCCCACCGUCCUCCAACUGAAGUUUUGACAAGAUCACUAUGGAAAACUCUGGUAGAUCUUACCGGCAAAAACAUGGCAACAGGGAACGUGGAGCUGAUACGCAGGACAGCUGGAGAAACCAGGAUCACAACAGGGGCCAGGCCUUUAGGUCUGAUGGUGGCCAACAGAGGAACCAAUGUGGCCUCUUUCAGGUGAGCCCCAGAAGAGGAGGACUGGGCCCGUUUUCCGCUGGAGGAUUCAGAGGGGGCCACAGCCCCUCACAAAGAGACAAUCACUGGUUUUCUAAUCAGGAGACAAGUCAAGGGGACCACUGGAGAGAGGGGCCGCAGCUGCAACAGCCCAGCUGGAGAAAGGGGAACCUAGGGGAAGGUCAGAAUGAAGAAAGAGAACAGUGGAGAAGAGGAGGCCAUGAGGACUGUGAUCAUAAAUCAGGAAAAGGAUGGCGAAACCAAAACAAGCGCAGCUCUUAUUUUGAAGAGGCCUGCAGCCAUGUCGGUGAAGAGCCCACCCUCUCACCGAUGGAGCUGCAAAGGAUUCUGCUUGCAGAGAAAGAGCUUAAAAAAGAUGAAAUCUUCUACCUAAAAAAGAGGUCACACAAAAACCCAAACGCACUAUUUACCUGCAUGUUGUGUGAUAUUCUACUGGACAAUGUGCCAGAUGCUCGUGCACACACCCGAAACCGACGACACCGGAGAAGGGCCAAGGAGAAAAAAGAGCUAAAGAUGCUGACUGAGAUCCAGCCGCCUGACCAGGAGCACAUAAUUGCCCUGAAUGAUGCACUGGAACGUGUUGUCCAGAAUCACGGGAUGACUGACCAAGACGUGGAGAACAGAUGCUGUGUUGUCUCAGUCAUGCAAGACCUCCUGAUGUCCGUCUUGCCGGAAAUCAGGCUCAGGCUGUAUGGAUCAUCCUGCACCAAGUUUGGAUUUAAGGAUUCUGAUGUCAACAUUGACAUUCAGUUUCCACCACAUAUGCACCAGCCUGAUGUCUUGUUGUUGGUGAAAGAGAGCCUCGCUUUGUCCCCUCUCUUUGUUGAUGUGGAAGAUGAUUUUCAUGCUCGGGUGCCCGUCAUCAUCUGCAGGGAGAGACAGAGUGGCCUCGUCUGCAAAGUCAGUGCAGGGAAUGAAAAUGCAUUCCAAACCACAGCGUACCUUUCUGCGCUGGCCAGUCGGGAGCCACUCCUUCAUCCUCUGGUUCUGGGAUUCAGACACUGGGCCAGAAUCUGUCAGAUUGACCGGUCUGAUGAAGGGGGUCUGCCACCAUACGUCUUUGCCCUCAUGGUUAUUUUCUUCCUGCAACAACGCAAGAAGCCUAUUCUGCCCUCCUAUCUGAACAAAGAGAUGAAGAUAUUUUCACUUGGCAAGCUGCAAGAUUUUAGUCUCACUCAUGUAGAGGACGGACACAUGCACUGGACUUACACUCCCACUGAGUCAUCUCAAACACUGGAAGCUACGAGUGCAAAGGGAAAGGUUCCCCUGGUCUUUCCGAAAGCUCUGCCCUCAGUGGAAGUUGGUCUUCUCUGGACUGAAAUGCUCCGCUUCUACUCACUGGAGUUCAUCAUAGCCGAUAAUGUGAUAAGCGUGCGGACUGGAGCCAUCCUUACCAGAGAGAUUAAAGACUGGCCCAAAACACGUAUUGCUGUGGAGGACCCUUUUGCUGUAAAGAGGAAUGUGGCUCGAACCCUCAACAGUCAGCAGAUGUAUGACUACGUCCUCCACUGCCUGAAAACCUCGUAUAAGUAUUUUGCGUUGCCGCUCAACUCCUCAGCCGUCAGCAACAAAAGUGAUUCACAGCAACAACUGUCACUGAAGGCCGACUCGACUGAGGUGAUCUCUGCCACUGAAAACGGUCCUGAAGACUCUGACUGUAUUAUUGAAGAAGAGGUGGAGGAGGAUAGUGACUGUGAUGGAGAGAUGGGAACGGACAACCACAUGAUGCUGUCUGAAGACGAGAUUGACAAGGUUCUGGAAACUUGUACCCGAGAACACCUGGAUAGUGUCAACACGGAAGAAGAGAUUUUCCCGGUGGAUGAGCUCUCAAGACUGUCAGACAAGGAGGGUGCCGAAGCUGACACGCAUGGUUCUGUGGAUGAAGAUGAGGAGGAAGAGGAGUUAGUCCCUGUUAGUGUGUCGCCUUCCUCUGUGGUUGAUGCUGACAAAAAUGAAGUUACAGCAAAAGAACCAGCCCAGCGGUCGUUUGAGUUCACUUUACACGCACUGACAAGAGGGAAGCCUCGGAUGGUGGUCUGCAGCAUUUGCAAGCGUGAUGGACAUCUGAGGAAAGACUGCCCGGACGACUUCAAGAAGGUUCAACUGGAACCCUUGCCAGCAAUGACGCCCAGCUUUCUCUCCACGAUUGACAGUGUUUGUGAACAGUGUUUCAUGGAUUUUGCUCCGGACGAACUGGAGCUAGGAGUAAGGGAACACAUCAUCCAAGAUCUGGAGAAGUUUGUCAGACGGCAAUUUUCUGGUGCCAGACUCAAACUUUUUGGGUCUUCCAAAAAUGGCUUUGGUUUCAGACAGAGUGACCUGGACAUCUGCAUGGUGCUGGAGGGUCAGGAGACCAUGGAAGAUGUUGACUGCAUCAAUAUCAUAAAGAAUCUUGCAAAGCUCCUUCGAAGACACCCAGACCUAAAGAACAUCCUGCCAAUCACAACUGCCAAAGUGCCUAUAGUGAAGUUCUUGCACAUGGACACUGGUCUAGAGGGAGACAUCAGCCUCUACAACACUCUGGCGUUGCACAACACAAACCUGCUGGCAUUGUACGCUGCCAUUGACCAGAGGGUGAAGAUUCUGUGCUAUGUCAUGAAGGUGUUUGCUAAGAUGUGCGACAUUCGUGAUGCUUCACGUGGUAGUCUGUCAUCCUAUGCGUACACACUGAUGGUGCUCUACUUCCUUCAGCAGAGAAACCCUCCAGUUAUUCCAGUGUUGCAGGAGAUUCACGAUGGAAAGAAACCAGAGGUGUUGGUUGACGGUUGGAACGUGUAUUUCUUUGACGAUUUGAAAUCCCUUCCAAGCCGCUGGCCCAGUUUUGGACAGAAUAGGGAGACGGUGGGAGAGCUGUGGCUUGGAUUGCUCCGCUUCUACACCGAAGACUUUAACUUCCGUGAGCAUGUUAUCUGCAUCCGACAGCACGCUUGUCUGACCACCUUCCACAAGCAGUGGACCUCCAAAUGCAUCGUGAUUGAAGAUCCGUUUGACCUGAAUCAUAAUCUUGGGGCUGGUCUAUCGAGGAAAAUGACAAACUUCAUCAUGAAGGCUUUCAUCAAUGCCAGAUCAGUGUUCGGAGCACCCAUUGAAGUCUUUCCUCAGGAGUACCCCACUCACAUGGAGUAUUUCUUUGACCCAGACCUCUUAACUGAGGGAGAAGUGGUUCCUAAUGAUCGAUGCUGUCGUGUCUGUGGGAAGAUCGGUCACUUCAUUAAGGACUGUCCAUUGCGCAAGAAGUCCAAGCAGAGGAGGGACUCUGAGAACUCUGAAAACCCCUGGAGGAUGAGAGAUACACUUGAGAAGCGUUGCUGCUUCCUGUGUGGCUCGACUGCCCAUAUAAAGAGAGACUGUGAGCUGUACAGAGGUCCUGCUGGAAAUCUGAAGUUGGAUGGUUUCCCUUCUACUUCCUCAGCUCCCAUGAGAAUCAUAAGGCCAAGGGGUUCACCCUCUCAAGAGGACAAAAAUAGGAGGCAACAGCAGAAUGUGAAGUUGGGGCCACAAGCAGGGAGUUUGGCCUGCCGGAAUCUGGAACGCCCCGUUCACAGAAAGAGCCCAGCCGAAUGAGCAGGACCCAUCUUGGACGCACAGAUGUCACACAAGAGGCUUUGCUCGUGCCUGGACUGGCGCGUGGGUCCAGAAACCCCCAAGUCUGACUGGGACUGCCAGGCCAUUAGAAGCCUGCUUAAAAAGCCAAAGCCACGACAUGAUGACUUGAAGCCACAUAGGCCUUUUAUGUGUUUCAUUUUUUGUUUUGUUCCUUUUCCAUGAGAUUUUUAAACCAUUUGUUUUAAAAAGGCAAUGCACAUUGCCAGUUGUAUGUUUACCAACAAUCGUCCACCGGUUUUUUUAACUAGUCCAUUUUAAGCAGUUUAAUCUGUAUUUAAAUCUGCUUAUAAAUCGUGGUGGCAGUGUAUUUUGUUGCGAUGCCCCUAUGUGCUUGUCCUUGCACUCAGGUUCACCCCAUCAACAGGAUUCUGGAACACUGACUCUUUUAUUAGAACUAACGACUGAAUUUGUGUUGAAUUGCCAACCUGAUUUCUUACCUUUACUUACUGCUUAUGUAUUAUUUGUCUUUGGUUGGAGUCGUGCCACGUGGUAGUUGCACUGUAAGUGUCCGCACCCUCCAAUGAAGUCGCUGCUAGUUUUUGUCUAGAAGGAAGCUACACAAAUCGGUUUUCAAACAUGGAGUCUCUGGCAUUUGUGAUGUCUUAAUAUGAUUUUAAAGGUUUGUGUUCUUGAUGUAAUCAUGUUUUUUAAAAAAAGUCUCCAUUUAAUGCCCCUCCACUGCAUUUCCUUCUUUUUGACGUAAACGAAACCUGAGUUUGUGAGUUAUAGAAGCGAUAGAAAUGGUUUGUUGCCAUUUGUAACGUCUCUAAAGGAGUCAUUAAACCGCCAGUCAAAUC